AGAGCGCAGAGGCGCGCGUGCGCAGAUCGUCUUGGGAAAAACGCUUUUGUUUUGCUUUGCGGAGAAGCGCUUCACAACGAGUCCAGGCCGCCGCGCCAUGCUGCUCUCCGACAGCUUUAUAUCGGUCUGCUGGAUUACUCUGCGCUGCUUGACGCCUCGCUGAGGAGACAGUUGCGAGAGCUGCUGCAGGCUGGAAGGCGGAGAGGGAAAUGGACGGCUAACCCAGCCAUGGGUCAGAGAGGCUGUGGUUUGCUCUCGGAGUGGAUGAUUUGUCACAGCGCUCAGUUUGAUUGGAACCCACACACUAGUUCGGAGGCAUUAUAAAAGCUAUUUUAAAAAAAAUCUGUGUUCUCUUAUUAAUGCCGUAAAUCCAAACUGUGAGUGAGAGAGAGAGAAUCAAAAUGGCGGCGGUGCGGCCCAUCCCCCAGGCCCUGCUCAUGAUCCUGCUGAGUGCUGCUGCGGGCUCGGACCCGUGUCCGGCACCCUGUGUGUGCUCACAAACACCGGACGGGAUGAAACUCAUGGACUGCAGUCGGAAAACGCUGUCCGGUCCCCCUGUGGGAGUCCCAGCAUGGGUCACUCAUGUGUCUCUGAAUUAUAAUGAGCUCUCGGGUGUGCCUUUUCUUGGAGACGUUACCUCGAACAUCACUGUGUUGUCUCUGGUUUAUAACCGAAUCGCUGAAGUGGUGGCUGAACAGCUUCUGCCCUAUUCAGUCCUGGAAAGUCUGGAUUUGAGCUCCAACUCCAUCUCAGAGCUGAAGGCCGGAUCGUUUCCUCCUAUGCAACUAAAAUACCUGAAUCUGAGCAACAACAAAAUCGGCUCUCUAGAACCGGAUUGCUUUAACAACAUCAGCUCUCUGCUGGUGCUGAAGAUGAACAGGAACCGGCUAUCGCUACUACCCGCGAAAGUCUUCACUCUGUCUCAACUGCAAAUUCUGGAGUUGAAACGCAAUAAGAUCAGAGUGGUAGACAGUUUGAUCUUUAAAGAACUGAAGGCUUUGAAGUCUCUGAAGAUGCAGAGGAAUGGCAUCACGAAGCUGAUGGAUGGAGCUCUUUUUGGACUUGCUGAUAUGGAGGAAUUAGAGCUGGAACACAAUAACCUGACUGAGUUAAAUAAGGGUUGGUUAUAUGGCCUGCACAUGCUCCGCGUGCUCCGACUCAGCCACAACAACAUCGGUCUCAUCCGAGCCGACGCCUGGGAGUUCUGCCGACGCCUGGAAGAUCUAGAUCUAUCCUAUAAUCACUUGAGUCGUCUGGAGGACUGGGCUUUCUCUAGCCUUGGGCUACUUCAGAGUCUAAACCUGGGCGAGAAUCGCAUCACGCACCUGGGAGGAGUUUUUGACAGCCUGGCAAACGUCCGCACUCUAGAUAUCCGUAACAACGACAUAUCCCUUGUUAUUGAGGACAUGGUCAGUUUGUUUGCAGGCAUGAAAAAGCUCAACACAUUGGUACUUCAGAAGAACAACAUCAGAACCAUCGCAGAGAAGGCCUUUGAGGAUCUGAAAGAACUAGAGCAUCUAGAUUUGAGUAAGAACCGGAUCAUCUCUAUUCACCCAGAGGCAUUCUCUCAUUUGAAACUCAAAUCACUCAAUUUGAACACCAGCGGUCUCCUCUGUGACUGCAGUCUGAAGUGGCUCAGCCCGUGGCUCACCGACAGCCUCUCCCAGCAGUCCUGCACCGCUGUGUGUGCAUAUCCCACCCCUUUGGCAGGCAGGAGUGUCUCUAGUGUCCCCCUGGAAGAAUUUGUGUGUGGUGGCUUCCCUCGACCACAGAUUAGUGGGAACCCCAGGACCGUGGUGGCACUGCGCGGAACCAACGUCACUCUCAACUGCUCUGCCUUCAGCACUAGCGACUCUUCCAUGAACACCACGUGGAGGAAAGACAAAGAGGUGCUGUCUGACGCACAGGUGCAAAACUAUGCCCGCUACCAGGACCAGCAGCUCAUCUACACCAGCGUGCUCCAUCUGCUUAAUGUUAAUUUCACUGAUGAAGGACGCUACCAGUGCGUAAUCUCCAACAACUUUAGCGCCAACUACUCCACUGAGGCCAAAGUGACGGUUAAUGAAAUGCCCUCCUUCCUGAAGACACCCAUGGACCUGACCAUUCGGGCUGGCACCGUUGCCCGGUUGGAGUGUGCGGCAGAGGGACACCCUCCCCCCCAGAUUGCCUGGCAGAAGGACGGGGGCAUCAAUUUCCCUGCUGCCCGCGAGAGAAGGAUGCACGUCAUGCCCGAAGAUGACAUGUUUUUCAUCGCCAACGUGAAGGCGGAGGACAUGGGCGUGUACAGUUGCACUGCUAAAAAUGAGGCGGGCAGUCUAUCAGCCAAUGCCACACUCACUGUGCUGGAGACUCCGUCGUUCCAGCGCCCUCUAAAGGAUCGUACAGUAGCACAUGGUGAGACUGCCGUUCUUCAGUGCAUAGCCGGUGGUAGUCCUGCUCCCCGCCUCAAUUGGACAAAAGAAGAUGGUCCAUUGCUGCUUACGGAGCGUCACUUUUUUGCAGCAGCCAAUCAGCUGCUUAUUAUCGUGGAUGCCAGGUCUGCAGAUGCAGGGAAAUACACCUGCAUCAUGUCCAACACGCUGGGCACAGAGCGAGGACACAUCUACCUCAGCGUCUUGUCCUCUCCCAACUGUGAUCCGGCUGGCGGUGGAUACGACCCGGACGGCUGGACUACAGUGGGCAUUGUGGUGAUGGUGGUUGUGUGUUGUGUGGUGGGCACGUCACUGGUUUGGGUGAUAGUCAUCUACCACAUGAGACGCAAGAGUGAGGAUUACAGCAUCUCUAACACGGAUGAGAUGAACCUGCCACCGGACAUCCCCAGUUACCUGUCAUCCCAGGGCACGCUGUCUGAGCCUCAGGAAGGCUACAGCAACUCUGAGGCGGGCAGUCAUCAGCAGCUCAUGCCCUCCCUGACUAAUGGCUAUGCUCAUAAAGGAACUGAUGGUGGCACCGCCCCAUUGGUCAUCUGCUCAGACUGUUACGACAAUGCCAACAUCUACUCUCGCACACGGGACUACUGCCACUACUCAUACCUGAGCGAAGAUGAUGCUCUGGAUGCCCAGCUGUCCAGAGACGCAAGCAGAGAGGGGCAACAUGAAGAUGCAGCACUGCAUAACCUGAUCACCCGGGACCCUCAGGAGCCCCAGCACCAUGCCUUACACCAUUACAAUAGCAAAGAUGUUCCAAGCAGAUCAUUUUGGAGUGGAGUAGACCCUCAUUCCUCCGAGUUGCCCCCAGGCUCAGUGACUGUACACAAGCCACCAACAGGGCCCUCUAAUGGGAACGACCAUGAGGAAAGAACAGGAGGGCUAGAGGAAGCCUCGUACAGGACUAACCCACAGGAUCAUAACCCUCCAAACACAUAGAGCCCAACCAACACCCGGCGUUUACGUCCUGCUCAGCGUGCCCUACAAUCCCACUACCUCUUCCAAGAAAACUCGCAUUCUGUCAAAAAGAACCCCAAACUUCACUUUCAUCUGUGUUUACACUCUGUACCGUCCCCUCAGUGUGUGUGUGUGUGUGUUGUGAACAACCCUUUCUAGGACAUGAUGAUCUUCCCCCUGGGUCCCUGUAAACUAAUCCUCUGGUUUAUGUUGAGAUUCUGAAUGUAAUGUUUCUUGUUAGUCUUGCCCACCCUGCCUUUUGUCUUAGGAUUUUUAUUUGCCCCCCCCCCCCCCCGACUGUGGGAAACUUGAACUCCCAUGUGUAUGCCAAAGCAUUGAGCCAGCCGUGUUUUUAAUUUUCUUUUGCGCUGCCUUGGCUCUGAAAAAGCGGUGCUCCUUGUCCUUCUAGGAAUCCUUGUAUGAAUCAAUCCGUUUCGUUGAAUAUAUGGAGGAGGACAUCACUCAGAUGGUUGAAGGUAGGGCUGUGCGAUAUGGGGGGAAAAAAUGAAUAUCCUGAUACAUUUUCUCCAUUUCACGAUAUACGAUAUAUAUAUCUCGAUAUAUUGAAAUCUCCUCUAAAGGACCCCAUGAAAUCUAACUUUUACUCUUUACUGUUUUCACUACAAUCCCUGCAGAUUAAAUAAACAUUCUUGGUUAACUUUACAGGUGGUUUUCAACAACACAUUUUACAUUUUCAUGUUUGUGAUUAAUCACGAUUGAAUUGAAAUAAGACUAUUUUUAUUCAACAAAGAUGUGGCACAAACUGCAAAAACAAUCUUGAAAAUUGCAACAAAGGGGCAACACAAUACAGAGCUGCUCAGAGCUCAAAUCAAUAAAGUGCAAGCUCAACACUGAGAAAGACAUUCAGCCUAAAUAAGAAAAGUGCUCUUUCAUUAAAUUAUUUAAAAAAAUAGAUCUCCAAGCUAUUAACCUGACUACUGAGAACCACUGGAACAUUCACAAUAGAGAGAGAGAUUGAGGGAGAGAAGAGAGAGAUCUGCAAAACAUCAUUUUUCUCUUUGCACACUUUUGAACUGAAUGUUUUCUGGCUCUGCCUCUCAGAUGUGUAUAAUUCCGGCUGCUGCCUGUCGUGAUGACAGGUUUUUUUGCACACUUUACAAACUGGCAUUUGCUGUUCCACGUCCUCCUCGCGAUAUCCAAAAAAAUGCCAGAUGACUGACCCCUUACUAGUUCUUUUAGGAACCAAUUCGUCCGCUUCCAUUUUUAAUUUGUCGCUGAAAUUGACAGAGCUUACACGGUAGCCUAUGCAGCACCAGCGAUUGCACGAACUGAGUCAGCGCUGUAAACCGGAACCAGGAAAUCUUCCCGCCGGCAGUGUUGCCAGAUACUGCUGACGUUUUCCAGCCCAAAAUAUGUUCAAAACCCGCCAAAACGCACUUAAAACCGCCCAAUCUGGCAACACAACCGAAACUAGAAAAUCUUCCUGGAAGUUCCUUUCAGCACCGAGAUGUCGCCCGGGAUUGGUUGGCGAGUGCGUGACGUUAUUGUUUUCUUUACCCUUAGGCAGCCUCUCACGUUACUGCCUGAGGGACAGGGAGAAAACCACCGGGAAAUGUUUUAAACAAACACGCAACGAACACAAGUCGGAAGAUGACCAUAAAAUACUCGAUAGUUACGAUAUAAUUUUAUGUAUCGCGCACAGAAUUUUCGGCGAUAUAUCGAGUAUAUUUGAUAUAUCGCACAGCCCUAGUUGAAGGUGCUCUGUACUCUUUCACAUGGAGCAGGUGAUGGUGGUAUAUGGGACAUUUCUUCCUUUAGAGUGGAAUGCAGAGUGAAAUUACUCUGUUGGCUACUUACGGCUUUUUUUUUUAAAGUGUUUUUCACAAAGCCAGACGUGUACCCCAUUCCCUCUUUGUUUUACAAAAGGUACUAUAGCAGACGGAUGUAGAACAUUUGCCGUGUUGACAAUCAAGCGAUAUCCGUCUUACAGGGUCCUCCAUGUGCAUAGUCCUUGGCCACAUCCCCCCAAUUCCUGUGUGGUAUGUUUUAUUUAUGCCCCCUCUUUGUUCUUAUGCAGUCCUCUAGCUGUUGCUAUGGUUCUCCCUGAAGCUAUUUCUCUUCACUGUGUAGAAUGCGAAAGACACUCUGAGAAUCCUGUACUGUUAAAUAUAUGUAUGAGUACAGUGCAUUUACAGUACUGAUAAUUUAGACCUUCCUCCCAAUCAUUUUAAAGCCUCUAGGGCACUAAAUGUGUGCAUCAGUCAUGGUUGGGUGCUCCAUCUAAUUCUGAAUUUCAUUUGUACGUUUGGCCUUGAGCUGAUUACCAGAUAUAUCUCAAAUGCCCCUUUUCCACCAAAGCAGUUCCAGGGCUGGUUGGGGGCCAGUGCUUAGUUUGGAACCGGGUUUUCUGUUUCCACUGACAAAGAACUGGCUCUGGGGCCAGAAAAACCGGUUCCAGGCUAGCACCGACUCUCUGCUGGGCCAGAGGAAAGAACCGCUUACGUCAGCGGGGGGGCGGAGUUGUUAAGACCAACAACAAUAACAAGACCGCGAAAGAUCGCCAUUUUUAAGCGACGAGAAGCCGCAGCUGUACAAACACCAAGUCAUUUAUUAUUAUUGUUGUUGUUGCUGCUGCUGCUUCUUCCGUGUUGUUUUUGCUUUGAUAUUCGCGCCAAGGUUUAUGUAAACGUAGCGCCAUAACUGACGUAUACAGCGACGUAAUGACGUGGCUCUGCUUAGCACCACGAGCGAUGGAAAAGCAAACUGGUUCUCAGCUGGCUCGCAAGUUGAACGAGUUGUGAACCAGCACCAGCACUGGCCCCGAACCAGCCCUGGAACUGAUUUGGUGGAAAAGGGGUAUCAGAGACUUCGUCAGUUUUGAAGUGCGAUACUGUGCUUAAAAUGGCCACCCUGUAGCGCCACUAACGCGUCCAAGUUCACGACAGCGUCACGUACGCUCAUAUCCGUGACAGUCAGUAUUAAUAUCCUUCUCACCAUGGUGACUACAGAAAUGAAGGGUCUCUUGAUUUUACAUUUUCAGUCAAAAGCCUGUGCUUGAGUUCUCACUUUAGAUGAGUUAACUGGCCUCGUUCAGUUAUUGAUAUUUUGUUUGGAAUAUAAGGAAUCUACUUAGUAAUUCUACUAGUUAUGUAGUGGGGGAUGUGUCAUUAUUCAGCUUGGAGAUAUUCCACCAUGAAAUAAGCUGUAUGUUUGGGCCAUAAACAGAAUGAUUCCUCUCACCAACAGUAAAUCCCCCCCCCCCUGCACUUUGUAGACUGAUGUUCAUUCCAGUAUAUGUCGCUUUUUUUUUUCCGCCUGCGAUUCUCCAAUUUCACUCACACUUGGUACAAUCCUAUAAAUGCUGCACAUCCCAUAGGAGGAUAACUUGUUCCAAAGAGUGUGUGAGAGAGUGAAGGAAGGAGAGACUGUGACGAAACUGAGGUACUCUAACCUGUAAUUGUAAAAUGUGUGUAUCGUGAAAUGCACUACAGCAUUGUGUCACUACAGCCAGAUACAUUGUGUAUCGGUUAUGUAUUCUAUUUAUUUGACGUGAAUAUGCUGUUGCUCAGUUGUUUGCUGAUAAGUGUCUGCUGGUGCCACGUUUACAUAGGUUGAAAUGGUUUUAAUUUUUGGAUAUAAUCUCAAUUUAAUGAACAUCUUGGUGUAUUGCUUUUGUUUCAGCGUGCUGUCUUGAUUAUUAUUAUUUUUUUUAACUAUUUUAUGAUUUUGCACAUGAGCCUUCAUUCCACUUUACAAGUCUGAGAGCAGACCAGUGUUAUCCAGGUCUAUGAACAGGAGCAACGAAUGUGUGCUGCCAGAGGUUUACGCUGACGUUUUCCAGGAAGUAAAGAUGUUAAGCUCUGCGGCUAUUAACCCUGAUUUUAUCUCAUCACUGCAAUUACUUGCACACUUUUGCUGUCGGAAAUUUAAGGCAAAGUAAAUUCUCUGUCCUAUACAGAUGUCUAAUGGUACAGUUGCUCCGUUCUAAUGGAUUUUACCGAGCAAUUAAAAGUUCUUAUAAUAGUUGAAGGGCACAAAUGUAAGUGAUACGAGAAGUUUGAAUUUGGUUCACGAUUGUCUGCCAGUAUGUCUUUCUGAAUUUUAAACCAAAGUUCAGCAUUUAAUGCUUUGACACUAUUCCAGUGCUGCUUUAAUGUAUUUUAUUUGUAAUUCCCCCCCCCCCAAAGUGUAUCUGUACAUUCUGUAAAGCAUGUAUAAAACUUUUUCGUUUUAAAAAUGUUGCAUAUUAAACAAUAAAAUGCAAAUUCUCAUA